AAGGUGUUGCCAAGGAAAACAUCCGUGUGCACCGUAGUACUUAGCUUUCUGUGUAGCACAAAGAUGACAAACGUAAGGACUUACAAUCCGUCUGUGCGGGUAGGAAACUGGAAUGAAGAUAUCCAGUUAGAGGAGGACACAUUAAAAGAUUUCCUAGAAAAAAGAGAACAUGGACAACUCAUGUACCAGAAAAGAACAAAACUGGAACAAACUAUCUUUAAAAAGCUUGACCUCAGUAUAUCAAGAGAUGGAUGCGUCCACUUUGGAGAUAUUGUGAGUUUACGGUGUCCAGCAAAACGAGACCGUACCAAAUAUUUUGCUAACAAAGAGCCCCGAGAUGCCUGCCAACUCUGCGUAACACCAGCAAUUAACAAGAUUCUGGAAGCCCAGAAGUUGGAGGGACCGUGUAAUGUAACUGCUUCCAAGGACCUCUGCUCCAAUCUUAGAAGUUCAUUUGUAAUUACAAGUAUUGAUGGGAGCAAGCAGAAAGGGGAACCACUCAGAUAUGGAGAUUUGUUUUAUUUGUGUACACUGGAUAACGAAGGAGGAAAUCUGUAUUUAUCCAGCUGCCGUGCCACUCUAGAGAAAUGCGCUGCCAAAUCCAGGAAACAGGAGGUGACAUUUGUCAGCGAGCCCUCUUUCAUGACAGAAUGGAGGAUUCUACACUACAAUCCACAGAUGAGGAUGGAAUAUGAAGGCAUCCCUGUCCCAGCCAAUGCAAUUGCUCUCAUAAACCACAAAUACACUAACAACGAUUUGGCUGUGGAAGAAAAUUUUGUUAUCAGAACUCCCUUCGGGACUCAGGAAUACGAGGUAUCCUGCCACACAUACUUAGAUUCCCACAGAGCCGAACAAGAUGUCAACCACUUCAUGAUUAUGAUGGGAGUACCAGGCGACGAUGUGUACCCUGUUGCAAAUUAGGAGAUUCUCUAACAACUAAAAAUUUACUGUAUUUAACUCAGAAAAAAAAUUUAUGAAUACAGAAACUAUACAACAAGUGUUGAAGAGGAACAGUACUGAUAACUUCCAUUUGAAGAAUUAAUUUUAUCAACUGCACGGAAUUUCAAAGCUUUUGAUGUGAUUUUUAUUUUGACAACUUUUCAGUUCUUUUUAUUAUUAUUUUGAUAUGAAAAGUUACUUAUUAUUUGAUUUGGAGACCAAUUAACCUCAAGGAUUUCAAAAAAGGCACUCUCACAGCAUUAUUUACACGUAGCAAACAAUGUGUCUAUCAGGAAACCAAAUCAAAAAGUGCUUACAGUAUUCAAUCUUAAUUAAUUACGUGCAAACUAUAUGUAUUAGGAAGCUGAUUCCUUUGGUUUUCUAUGUGCAUACUGCUUUUAUUCUUUUAUGUAUAGUAGUAUGAAAAAAGUCUUAUUUUUGUAAAUAUAAUGUACUUGUUAAAAUCAAUAUUAAAAUUUUAUGAAUAUUUUAAAA